UUAGUCCAAGGUCGGAGGGGUUAGGUUAACGAUAUUAUUGAAAGAGUAAAAGAGAAAAAGAAAGGACGGGCGUGGCAGAGGAAAGCAUACAAACGAUUACGCAUGUUCCUGUGGCGAAAGUUUUUUUCGGUACUCCAUCGAAACACGCCCUUGUACCCCACCUGAUUUCAGGUUCAAGUUAUGGCGCCUAUCUCGUUCACUUAACCGUACGGACUAUAUAAGAUUUCGGAUACGAAAGGAUCAGCACACAUUUGCUUUCGUACAUUGUUAACGAAUCAACCAAGAUCAUCUGACUCGCAAUGUUCUCGAAGAUCAUAAUACUAGUUUGCGCUCUAACAAUGAGCAAUGCCGGUUACUUGGCACCAGCAACCGCCAAUGGACAAUAUACUUUGACUACAGCGGCUUUAACGUCAACAUCAGAUAAUAUACUUCGUAGCUCGGGAAAUCUGGCACAGAUCGCGACUCAAUCAAAAACAAUUUCCACACCAUUUUCGAGCACCAGUAAAUCCGAUAUUCGUGUAACCAAUCCAGCGAUUUAUGCGCACACUGCUCCAGUGGCAUACGCUGCGACACAUGCAGCAUCUCUGGCAACACCAUUUACCGCUACUGCACAUUCAAGCCCACUUCUUGGAGUUGCUUAUUCACCGGCGGUGGCUGUUUCGCAUAUGGCCUACAGCAGCCCUAUCGGUGUCUCUUAUAAUUGGUAAUUGCUUAUUUUGCCAAGUCCUUUGGAAAAGUGUUGCUGCCAACCAAUUAAC